GGGGGCGGGGCCUCGCGAGGGUGGGGAAGCGGGCAAGAUGGCGGCCGGCGGGUGAUUCUCCCCGGCUCCCUGCAGGGCUGCGGAGACGCCGGGGGUCCGCGGGGGUCCUGCCCGCGCAGCCAGCCGGUCUCCUCUCCCCCGCCCCCCGGCGGCCUCAUCCUUCCCGUCCUCCCCCGCGGGGGCGGGCCAGCUUCCCGGGACACCAUGUCAGACUCCGAGGAGGAGAGCCAGGACCGGCAACUGAAAAUCGUCGUGCUGGGGGACGGCACCUCCGGGAAGACUUCCUUAGCUACGUGUUUUGCUCAAGAAACUUUUGGGAAGCAGUACAAACAGACUAUAGGACUGGAUUUCUUUUUGAGAAGGAUAACCUUGCCAGGAAAUUUGAAUGUGACUCUUCAAGUUUGGGAUAUAGGAGGACAGACAAUAGGUGGAAAGAUGUUGGAUAAAUAUAUCUAUGGAGCACAGGGAAUCCUCUUGGUGUAUGAUAUCACAAAUCACCAAAGCUUUGAGAAUUUAGAAGACUGGUAUUCUGUGGUGAAGACGGUGACCGAGGCAUCGGAAACACAGCCCCUGGUUGCUUUAGUGGGCAAUAAAAUUGACUUAGAGCACAUGCGAACAGUAAAACCUGACAAACACUUGCGAUUUUGCCAGGAAAAUGGUUUUAGUAGCCACUUUGUUUCGGCCAAGACAGGAGACUCUGUCUUCCUGUGUUUUCAGAAAGUUGCUGCAGAAAUCCUGGGAAUCAAAUUAAACAAAGCAGAAAUAGAACAGUCACAGCAUAUUGUCAGGGCAGAAAUAGUCAAGUACCCGGAAGAGGAUAACCAGCACACCAGCUCCUCUCAGAGUAGAGUCUGUUCAGUGCAGUAGUGAAGAGGGUGGUGAAGGCAGAUAUUGUAAACUACAACCAGGAGCCCAUGUCAAGAACUGUCAACCCGCCCAGAAGCUCGAUGUGUGCAGUUCAGUGAGCGCGUUUGGGUAGUCCUGGUGCCCUCCCCUCCAGUGGGUCCAGGCUGUCUAGGAACCUGUUUUAUCAGUGACCAUCUCAGUAGUUGAGUUCAUGUGCUCCUCCCCUCCCUUCCGCUCCUUCAUCAUCGAGUUGCCUCACAGCAGCUGCAGGAGGCAGGCAGCUCCAUAGACUGGACGGAAUUCAGCUUCAGGACCACACACUUGGCAAUCAGGGUGGAGAGCCCAUCCUCUGGCUUGAGACUGCCUGUCUGCAGAAGAGCGAUGGUGGUUGGAUCUUUGUACCCUCACUUCUUUUUUCUCAGAUAUGAAAACGUUUAACCAGGCAUGAAUACUCUCGAAGUCUUUGCUGGACAGCCAGGAUUUUGUCACAAGGUUUCAUCCUCCUACAGGAAAGUGUGCUUCAGAGCACUAAGGUUGAAACGAGUGAUACAUUUUACCUACAGUGACUCAGGCAUUCCUUUGCUGUCUGUUAGGAGUGCGACUAUAUAAAGCUGUACCUAGAUGCAAAUGCUCGAAAUGAGGCUGUGACAGAUAUUUU